GUAAAGUGGAAUCUAACCUAGACUUCCUUUCUGAAAGAAAAUAAAAACACUCGAGCAAUUUAACUCGGAAGCCGAGUGCCGAGAUUUGAGCAAUUUGAGUAGCAAGAACACAAAAAAUAACAAGUGUUCCAAAAAUGUAUUCAACGAAUGCACGUGUCGGUAUCGCUCGUGCGUUUCACGUGCAUCGGGGACUGCACGAUAACGCGAAAUUGAUCGAGGAGUGCACGGAGAUCGUGAACCGAAAUCCGCGAAAUUUAGAACGGUUGAGGAUAGCGAGGAAACCCGAUGGUUAUCGUUUAAACAAACCUGGGCAUACGUACUGGCACAAGUUGUUCUUGAUUAAAAAGCCACGUCAUAUUGUGGCUGAAGUCCGUCACUUUGAGAAUGGACCUGUUGUUUCAGCUUCCAGUGCAGAAUGGGCAUUGAAGAAGCAAUUAUAUCGGACAACUGACAGUUCAGCUUAUAUUAAUAUAGGACGAGUGUUGGCUCAGCGUUGCCUAGAGGCUGGGAUCUGUGAAAUGAAGGUUGAUAGUGCAUUAAUUGGAGACAAAUGUGAAUUAUUGAUUAAAGAAUUAGAAAAAAAUAACAUCAUUUUAACUGAACCAUUAGUGUACAAGUAUCCAAAUUCUUGGGAUAGAUACCGACCAGAAAAACCAUGGGAGAUACACGAAUAGUUUGUAUAAUAAUAUGAACAGAUUGUGAAGUGCAAAGUAAACAACAAAGUGUACAUAUAAAUACUAUAUGCGAUGCAGCCAUAAUACAUGUUUUUUUCUCAAUAAAGUAAAGCUUGGUGGUUGAUAUAAGAUAUUUUAUUAUCUUUAUAUCUAUCCAUUGUGAAAUACCGAGGUUUGUACAAUACAGUAUCUAGGAAUAAAAAUAAAUAAUUGUAUCGCUGUUAAAUAAAUGUCUAGUCUACUAGAGAUACAACGCCGUGACUUAAAAACUAUGUUAUUGCUUAAGGCAAGUACAUUCCAUCAGAUGUGGUUUGCAAUGCAAAUGGAAUGUUGUUACGUGAUUCUUAUCAUAAUGACUAUAAUAGAAAAUUAAGUUAAAUUAGGUAUACAUACAUAUACAAAUAA